GAAGAAAAUAUAGUACUUGGACAGAUAGAGAGAGAGAGAGAGAGAGAAACCUGUCUCGUGAAGCAGCAGGUGAAGGCAAAGAAAGGAAAAUAAAAGCUCUUUCUUUCCUCUUCUUCCUCUCCUCCCUCUCUCUCUCCUCUGUAAACUUGACGCUCUUUCCUUUCUCUUAUUUCCUUUCUCUCCCUUCUUUCCCUCCCUCCCUCAACCCUCACAUUCAUUCUUUGCUUCUUCCUUUUGUAUCACGAGAUCCCCAUCUCCUUCCCUUUCUUUCUUUCUUUCUUUCUCUGUGUGAUGUCUUCUUCAGAGGCAUUUCUGGGUUUGUGUUGUUUAUAUCGCUCGUUUACCACUCGGUUUUGCUUGCUUUGUUUUUCUAUUCGCAUUCACGGUCAUUGCUAACAUCAAUUAGAAUAGUGCUUUGAGAACUUCCGUGGAAGGGGAUAUCAGAGGUUGAGAGACAGAGAGGGAGAGAGACCCAUACAAUUGACUUUGAGCUUCGAUUUUGUUUCGUUACUAAGAAAAUGUCGCAUUCUGGAAAGCCCAUUGGGGACCUGGGGCUCGACUCGUUAUCCGAUCAGCUCCGCGACUCUCUUUGUUCUCUCGAAGCCAACAAGCCUGAUUUCCGUGAGCUCGAUCUGGGUUCUCCCGUUUCUCCUCUCCGAACUCGUGGGCUCAACACUACCGCCACCACUACGACUACAACAACCAGCUCCAGUUCUAGCUCCUCUGGAUCCGUAUCCGGCAGUCGAAAUGUGCACAACCAAGGUCUCAAAUCCAAUCAUUCUGGGGAGUUUUCCAACUCCUGUGAAACUAGUCCCACAAGGUCUGUCAGAAAUCCCAAACAGGGUACCUCCAGAUCCGACCCUGUAAUAUACUCUGGUGGCGGAAGUCAGAGCUCGGUGAACUCUCCUGCACCUGUUAAUGUACUUCCCACCGGGAACAUCUGUCCCUCUGGAAGGAUCUUGAAGACAGGCAUGGCAAUGAGCAAUCGGAGUUCCAAGACGGACGUUUUGGGAUCGGGAACUGGAAAUUACGGGCAUGGAAGCAUAAUGCGGGGUGGUGGGACGAAAUGCAGUAAUUUGGAUGCGGGACAUUCGGUGGGUACCAGUGCUAGUACUGUCCGUGGAAAUGUUGGUGGCCCAAGGAUGGGCAGUGUGGAUCCGGAGGAGGUGAAGAGGGCCGGGAAUGAAAUGUAUAAAAAAGGCCAUUUUGAGGAUGCAUUAGUGUUGUAUGGCAGGGCCAUUGCUCUAGCGCCUGGAAAUGCAGCUUACAGAAGUAACCGGGCGGCGGCUUUGAUGGGUUUGGGGAGAGUGGCGGAGGCGGUGAGGGAGUGUGAGGAGGCAGUGAGGUUGGAUCCUAAUUAUUGGAGGGCACACCAGAGGUUGGGGUCUUUGUUCAUUAGGUUAGGACAGGUUGAGAAUGCCAGGAGGCAUCUAUACUUUCCUGGGUAUCAUCCAGAUCCUUCUGAAUUGCAGAAGUUGCAGUUAGUAGAGAAGCAUCUAAACAAAUGUUCAGAUGCCCGAAAGGUUAAUGAUUGGAAAAAUGCGUUAAGGGAAGGCGAAGCUGCUAUUGCUGCUGGAGCUGACUAUUCUCCUCAGCUCUUUAUGUGUAGAGCUGAAGCGCAUUUGAAGCUCCACCAACUUGAAGAUGCUGAAGCAUGCCUUUCAAAUAUUCCAAAAUUAGAACCAUAUAGCAACUCUUGCUCACAGAGCCGGUUUUUUGGGAUGCUUUCUGAAGCUUACACUUUCUUAGUUCAAGCACAGAUUGAGAUGGCCAUGGGAAGGUUUGAGAAUGCACUUACAGUUGCUGAGAAAGCUGGACAGAUUGAUCCACGAAAUGUUGAAAUUGCAGUGCUGCUUCACAAUGUGAGAUUGGUGGCAAGAGCUCGUGCCCGUGGCAAUGAACUCUUCAAAUCUGAGAGAUACACUGAAGCUUGCUCAGCAUAUGGGGAAGGCCUCAGGCUUGAUCCUUCAAACUCUGUUCUCUAUUGCAACAGAGCAGCGUGUUGGUUUAAGCUUGGACUGUGGGAGAGGUCUAUCGAUGACUGCAACCAAGCAUUGCGUAUACAACCUAAUUAUGCAAAAGCCCUUCUUCGAAGGGCUGCCUCAAAUAGUAAGCUAGAAAGGUGGGCUGCUGCAGUGAGGGAUUAUGAAGUUCUGAGGAGGGAACUUCCAAAUGACAAUGAAGUCGCUGAAUCUCUAUUUCACGCUCAAGUUGCGUUGAAGAAAUCACGUGGAGAAGAAGUGUAUAAUAUGAAGUUUGGUGGUGAAGUGGAAGAAGUAUUGGGAUUUGAGCAGUUCAGAGCUGCAAUAUCUUUGCCUGGUGUGUCGGUAGUUCAUUUCAAAUCAUCCUCUAAUUUGCACUGCAAACAAAUAUCUCCAUUUGUGGAUACACUAUGUGGCCGCUAUCCAUCCAUAAAUUUUCUCAAGGUGGAUAUUGAAAACAACCCAGCAGUUGCAAAUGCUGAAAAUGUGAGGAUCGUACCAACAUUCAAGAUAUACAAGAAUGGUAGUCGAGUGAAGGAGAUUGUUUGCCCAAGUCAUGAUAUGUUAGAACACUCGGUGAGGCAUUACAGCUUUUAAAACUCAUGGCUCCAUGUGUACCGCUAUUCUCUCAGUCUCACAUUUUCUUCUUGGUAAGCUAAAGCCCUAUUUGAUGGGAACUAUUUACUGCCCACCAGUCUUUCCUCUCACCGUGUAAGGAUUUACCAGAUACCUGUCACAUAAACCAGAGCUACAUAAUAAUCCAUUAGAGGCCAUUGCCAGAGGAACCCAGAGAGAUAGUUUAGUUCUCCUUUAGCCGUUUUAAUUUAUUCAUUCAUUCCUCAUUACUCUCUGGUUCCAUGUGCUUCCUCCCAUUACUUUUUGUAUGCACUUUGGCACUAUUUUUUUUUUUUUUUCAUUUUCUUGUAGGCCAGCCUGUUCUUGUAUACCCUCUUUGAUUCACAGGGAAAAGGGAAAAAAAAGGACAAAGGGGGAAAAAAAAUAGAAGAGAUGUACAAUUGAUUAGGGUGGCUCCCUAGUUGUUUUAGAGAGAGAGUGGCAGGCUGGUAGAAGAGGAUCUUGUACGUGUAUAUAUGUGAUAUAUACAGAAAGAAUUCGAAGGCUGGAAGGAGAUAGGAUGGGUGGUGGGUACUUAUGGGAGGGUUAGUGAAACAAGGAUAAAUAUGUUGUUAUUAAUAUUACUGUUUCUUUCCUCUCCCAAAUUUUAUUUGAUCAAUAAAAAAAAUCCCCAUUUUUUCAGUUCA